GAAGCAAGUGGAGCCCAUACGGGUUUGAUCACACAGGCAUUUGGUGUAUCACAGCUUCAGCAUAUUCACCGUAUCUUUUUUACAACUUUUCACUGCUAAGGAAAGAAGACUGACCGGAAUCGCUAAUCGAGCGAAGAUGAUCUGAAAAGCUCAAGUUCUUUUUGGAGCUAAUCGUCAAUCGAUGAGGAGGAAGAGAAGAAGAAGAAGAAAAUACCAAAUCCAGAAACAAAUUGACGGCUUCACGACAUGGGGAUGUCAAAGGAGAAUCUGAAAGGUGUCAUUUUAGCGCUGGCGUCAAGUGGGUUCAUUGGGGCAAGCUUUAUCAUUAAGAAGAAAGGUCUCAGAAGAGCAGCUGCAGCUACUGGUGUCAGAGCAGGUGUUGGAGGGUAUUAUUAUCUGUUGGAGCCUCUCUGGUGGUUAGGAAUGGUCACAAUGAUUGUUGGAGAGGUUGCAAACUUUGUUGCGUACGCAUUUGCCCCAGCAGUUCUAGUUACACCGCUUGGUGCACUGAGUAUCAUUGUGAGUGCGGUUUUGGCUCACUUCAUUUUGAAAGAGAGGCUGCACCCACUUGGAAUGUUGGGCUGUGUAAUGUGCAUCGCUGGUUCUGUCGUCAUUGUCCUUCACGCACCUGAGGAGCGUACUAUCACAUCUGUUCAGGAAAUAUGGAAUUUGGCUACCCAACCAGCAUUUCUGGUAUAUGUGUGCUCUGUAGCAGUAUUGGUCUUCAUUUUGGUUUUCCAUUUUGCACCACGGUGUGGCCAUACCAAUGUGCUAAUUUUUACUGGCAUUUGUUCGUUGAUGGGUUCUCUCUCUGUGAUGAGCGUUAAAGCCCUUGGAACUUCAUUGAAGUUGACAUUUGAAGGGGUGAAUCAAUUAAUCUACCCUGAAACAUGGUUCUUUAUGCUAGUUGUGGUUACAUGCGUCAUUACUCAAAUGAAUUACCUCAAUAAGGCUCUUGACACCUUCAACACUGCAAUUGUGUCUCCUAUAUAUUAUGUAAUGUUCACUACGCUUACAAUCUUAGCCAGUGUAAUAAUGUUUAAGGAUUGGGAGGGCCAAAGUGUUGCAGAUAUUGCAUCAGACAUAUGUGGAUUUAUUGUUGUUCUUGCUGGCACCAUUUUAUUGCAGGUGUCCAAGGACUAUGAGAGAAGCCCUUCUUUUGGAGGUAGCAAUUCUGCACUUUUAUCACCUUCAUUAUCUGCCCAACUUUUUUCUGGCAAUGGGGAAUUAUUUAAGCUAGCUGAUGAAAAUGUGGCCCCUUCUGAGGUUAUGAGCUUAAGAAGGCAAGAAUCAGAUUAGAUGAGGAUUUUGUCAUCUGGUGUAAUAGAGUUUUUUUCGUUCAUUCAGUCAUGGUGGAAGAAGGCAAAGUCUGAACUCUAGAGAAUCCGACGGAAAGGCCUAUUAGAUGGUAAUGAUAUCCCCUGGCAAUUCAGGUAUUACUGAAAUCAAAGUUUGAUGGAUAAAUUCCUGAACACAUUCUGUUUAUAAUCAAUGAGCAUCUCAGGAAUUAAGGGUCAUGGAUUUCCUAGUUUGGAAGAUGGUUCAAGAACUGAUAUGUUGCAGUCAGUUGCUUAUUUGUACAGUGUGUCCAUAGUUGCUGGGUUCUGAUGAGAAGGUCUGCCUCCCUUGAGAAAAAGGAAAAUAUUUAUUGGAUUUGUUUAAAGACUAGCUGGAUUAUGAGAGGACUUGUUUUGAAGAAGUAAAAAAGUGGUUAGGGCUAGAGUUGCCACGGAUUUGUUUGUAAAGUGUUGAGGUGUGCAGGGUCAGGGAAUUAAACAGUUUCUGUUCAUUUUAAUUGUUUUCUCCCCUUGUGAAAAAGAAACAUUCUUUCUCGUACAGAAAUUUUUAUUGGUGAAAAUGAUCCCAUUCCUACAGUCUC